GUGUUUGUUAAGACUGAUAUUAUUUUGUUGUUAUGGUUUUUUUGUGUAGUUUUUAUUUUCUAUUUUUGGUGUUACGGAUGGUUUGAAAUAUAAUUAUUGUCUAUGCCAAAAUUGGAUAUACUGUUUUACUUACUGGGCUUCCCUCCCAUUCUGGCCCAUGGAGAUGGAGUCGCUUGGCUCACGAAUAUAAACUCUCCUCUGUCGUUCUCAUCUGUUUGUAACAUCUUUGCGGUAAUGGCCACUGAAUCCGAUCCAUCCACGGAGGAAACUGGGGCGGGGACGAGCGACGGCGGUGGCGAUGAUGCCUCGAAGAAGCGGAAGCGGGAAGAGGACGUUGGAGCCGGCGGAGAAAGAGGGAACUCUUCGGCCACUGAAUCCGAUCUAUCCAAGGAGGAAACUGGGGCAGGGACGAGCGACGGCGGAGGAGGAGGAGGAGGAGGAGGAGGACCGUUUCCUACAGGCUCGAAGUUGGUAUGGAAGCUGGUUGUGAUACGUGUGCAGGAAGCCAGAAUUCCUUGUCCAAAACGGAUUACUUGAGUUUGAAGAUUCCUGAUUAGAGUAGAUUUCCUUUAUCAAUUCUGUUCCCAAUUUGUUUCCUUGUUAAAGUAGGUUAGUCAUGGGUUCUUUUGGCUAUAAAAGCAUUGCUCGAUUCAUUGUAAAAAGACACGUUUGAAGUUUAAUCGAAAAGUAACCUCGAGGAGUUUUCCAAGAUUGCGAGCUAUGCUUGUUCUUGGCUUUUGGACAAGGAUUGCAGAUCAAUCGAGCCAAACAUUCACCUUGGUUGAUUGAUAACUCUACACAUGUUAGCCUCUUCCCAUUUCGUGUUGAAGUUGCUGGUUUGGUUUCCUUUCCAUUCGUCGAUUCAUCACUCUGUUCUUGCUACGAAACCACCAUAAACACCAACCCUUUCCAACGAUUUUCCUAAGCUGCGUGAUUCCGAGUUCGGGACCCUAUCGUGGGCCUACCAGGAUCUUGAAUACUGAAUAAAAGAACAUGUAUACAUAUCCUUAUUAAUACAGAUCAGUCGAUGGUAUUGUGAAGCGCAUGGUUGAUGAAUAGAAGUCAUAGUUUGUUCCUGACGAAGUUUGAGAAACAUGUCCCGGAAGAGGAAGAAACGUGGGAUUAAGCUCCUACAUAUAUACUGCUCCACUCUAGAAAAGACGAGAUAACAUCAACAAAAUGGAAAGUGGAAGGACAUCAUUAAUUAGCACAAAAAAUUCGAGAAACUCACAUAGCCGUGUCAAUUUUUUUAAUAAGUUGCAUUGGUGGUAAUCUACACAAUAACAUUCAUUUUGAUAUAUUUCAAAGUUAACAAAUUAAUAUUAUUGAAAGCUAUAAUGGCGUGAAUGAAUGAGCAUGUCAAAACUAUAUUAUUUCAUGCAAAUCAUUUAUUAUUCACCCAAACUGAUAAUCGUUCACAUCAAAACUAUCUUACUCGCGUAAAUAUCCAACCAUUCAAACAACAUGGUAAUAAUCAUAUAUGAGCAACAUAAUUUUUCAAACAAUCUGUAUUAUCAUCUGCAAAUAAAUUUAACAAUGUAAGUAACUUUUUUAAGAUCGAUAGUAUCUUCUUAUAAAAAAUUUGGUUGAUAAUUCACGUAAUAAAGAUUCAUAAUACUUCAACUAAUAGUCUAGGUAUUUUAGAUAAUAAGGCCAACGACUCAUACACAUCAAUUAUAAUGCAAUACUUCAAUUAACACUACAAAACUAGAAAAAUGCUUUUCUUGACAAGGAUUCGUAAUUCUCAGUUAUUAACUUUACGAGCAAGUUAUCAUCACAUAGUAAUGUAAAAUACUAAAAUUUGAAGAUGAGGUCCUCUUCAUGCCAUAACAGUCUUAUUCGCGCGCACUUCUAGCAACUCACGACAAAACUAUAGUAAAAGUGGAAUAGACUACAAAGUAAAGUACAAAGAGAGUGGAUGAAAGACAAUAAAUUGUUCUUGUUGCUUAGGGUUUAUUAAUAGUUUAUUACUUUAGGAUAAAUUGCAAAGAUGUUC